AUGGCGCUGGCCGUGCUCGUCGUCUCGAUCCCCGCCCCCGCCCUCCCCGUCUCCGCCGCCGCCGUACGUGUACAAGUCACCCCCGCCACCUUCCCCUUCCCCACCCCCUCCUUAUGUUUACAAAUCGCCGCCUCCGCCAUCCCCGUCUCCCCGCCACCGUACGUUUACAAGUCUCCUCCACCGCCGUCGCCGUCCCCACCACCACCGUAUGUGUACAAGAGUCCCCCGCCACCUUCACCAUCUCCACCACCACCGUACGUCUAUAAGUCUCCGCCUCCACCAUCCCCGUCUCCGCCCCCACCGUAUGUUUACAAGUCUCCUCCGCCACCUUCACCAUCUCCACCGCCCCCAUACUUGUACAAGUCUCCUCCACCACCCUCCCCUUCCCCGCCGCCACCUUAUUACUAUAAAUCCCCACCCCCGCCCUCACCCUCGCCACCACCACCGUAUUACUACAAGUCUCCACCGCCACCAAAGAAAUCUCCUCCUCCGCCUUACUAUUACAAGUCGCCGCCGCCGCCUUCCCCAUCUCCGCCACCACCAUACUACUACAAAUCUCCACCCCCUCCAUCUCCAUCUCCUCCUCCACCUUACCACUACACAUCACCACCACCGCCAAAGAAAUCUCCUCCCCCGCCGUACUACUACAAAUCGCCGCCGCCGCCCUCACCAUCUCCUCCGCCACCAUACCACUACACCUCACCACCGCCACCGAAACACUCACCUCCACCACCAUACUAUUACAAAUCACCACCACCACCCUCCCCAUCUCCUCCGCCACCUUACUACUAUAAAUCUCCGCCACCGCCGGCGCAUUCUCCUCCGCCGUACUACUACAAGUCUCCGCCUCCUCCACCGACUCCGUACUACUACACAUCGCCACCGCCACCUCCGAAGUCUCUUCCUCCUCCUUACUACUACACCUCGCCGCCGCCGCCAUCGCCGCACCCUCACCCGCAUCCCCACCACAAGGUCGUCAAGGUGGUCGGAAAGGUCUACUGCUACAGAUGCUACGACUGGGGAUACCCUGUGAAAUCCCACGACAAGAAGCACCUCAAAGGUGCUGUCGUGGAAGUGACCUGCAAGGCCGGCGAGAAGGAGAUCAAGGCUUACGGCAAGACCAAGAUCAACGGCAAGUACAGCAUCACGGUCGACGGGUUCGACUAUGGUAAGGAUGGCAAGGCCAAGGCGUGCAAGGCAAAGCUCCAUGCGCCGCCCAAGGACUCACCGUGCAACAUCCCCACCAACUUGCACUGGGGCAAGAAGGGGGCGAAGCUUGGGCUAAAGUCCAAGUCCGAUUAUGAAGUUGUGCUCUAUGCUAAGCCCUUCGCAUACGCCCCGAAAACUCCUUACAAGGAGUGUGAGAAGCCCAAGCCCAAGCCCGAGCCCACGCCAGCUCCUUAUAUCUACAAAUCUCCCCCGCCACCACCAUAUAUCUACAAGUCCCCACCCCCACCUCCACCUACUUAUGUGUACAAGUCUCCACCGCCGCCGCCAUAUGUUUACAAGUCUCCUCCACCGCCACCACCGACUUACAUCUACAAAUCGCCUCCUCCACCACCAUACGUCUACAAGUCUCCACCGCCUCCCUCAUCUCCUUAUGUUUAUAAGUCACCUCCACCACCACCCUACAUGUACAAGUCUCCUCCACCACCACCACCGACUUACAUCUACAAGUCGCCUCCUCCUCCGCCAUACGUCUACAAGUCUCCACCGCCACCCUCGUCUCCGUAUGUUUAUAAGUCACCUCCACCACCACCCUACAUCUACAAGUCUCCUCCACCACCACCACCGACUUACAUCUACAAGUCACCUCCUCCUCCGCCAUACGUCUACAAGUCUCCACCGCCACCCUCGUCUCCUUAUGUUUAUAAGUCACCUCCACCACCCCCCUACAUCUACAAGUCGCCUCCUCCUCCGCCAUACGUCUACAAGUCGCCUCCGCCACCGCCCUACAUGUACAAGUCUCCUCCACCACCACCACCAACUUACAUCUACAAGUCACCUCCUCCUCCACCAUACAUCUACAAAUCUCCUCCACCCCCGCCACCGACUUACAUCUACAAGUCGCCUCCACCGCCACCGUACAUUUACAAGUCUCCUCCACCCCCGCCGCCAACUUACAUCUACAAGUCGCCUCCUCCUCCACCAUACGUCUACAAGUCCCCUCCACCCCCGCCCCCGACUUACAUCUACAAGUCGCCUCCACCGCCACCCUACAUUUACAAGUCUCCUCCACCCCCGCCGCCGACUUACAUCUACAAGUCGCCUCCUCCUCCACCAUACAUCUACAAGUCCCCUCCACCGCCGCCCUACAUCUACAAGUCUCCACCACCACCAUCCCCAUCCCCUCCACCACCUUAUUACUACAAGUCGCCACCUCCUCCAUCGCCAUCGCCACCACCACCAUAUUAUUACAAAUCCCCGCCUCCACCUGUGAAGUCUCCACCACCACCAUACUACUACAAGUCCCCACCUCCACCUUCACCAUCCCCGCCUCCACCUUACUAUUACAAAUCCCCACCACCUCCUUCCCCAUCUCCUCCACCACCUUAUUACUACAAGUCACCACCUCCUCCAUCCCCAUCUCCACCACCACCCUACUACUACAAGUCCCCACCGCCACCGGUGAAAUCUCCACCUCCACCGUACUACUACAAUUCCCCACCGCCGCCGGUGAAAUCUCCGCCACCACCAUACCAUUACAUUUCACCACCACCACCAUCACCAUCUCCACCUCCUCCCUAUGUCUACAAGUCACCACCUCCCCCAUCACCAUCUCCUCCUCCGCCCUACCACUACACCUCACCUCCACCACCAGUCAAGUCUCCACCACCGCCAUACCACUACACAUCCCCACCACCACCAUCACCAUCUCCACCUCCCCCCUACCACUACACAUCCCCUCCACCACCGGUGAAAUCUCCACCACCGCCAUACCACUACAUAUCUCCACCACCACCGUCACCGUCUCCACCUCCUCCUUAUCUCUACAAGUCCCCACCUCCCCCUUCACCGUCCCCUCCUCCUCCCUACCACUACACAUCGCCGCCACCACCAGUGAAGUCACCUCCUCCCCCAGCGUACAUCUACGCGUCGCCACCGCCUCCAAUUUACUAAGCUCAAAAGGCUUAGUCACAUACCAACUCCAAUCAUAUGUUAUUUUGCAGAUUAUAAUAAAGGGGGGCUUCGAAAAUAGGAGAAUUAGACUUCAAUCUUCCAAUCCUGCUUCGUCGAAUAAGGCUCUGGACGCUUCAUCAAGACACAACCUUCAUCGAUCAGACCAGGUUUCCUCCACUUUCUUGGUGUCCAUGUUCCAAGUUGCGCUGUUGUUAUAUUCAAGUGGGAAAUGGCUUCAAAAGGCUUUCUGAUACAGAGGAAAAGAAACAGGACGAGAUUGGAGAGGCAGAGAUAGUACAAGGAAGCCCCAUUUGGCAUUUUCUUUUCUUUUCCUUUAAUUCUUGUCUGAUUCUUGUUUAGAUCCUACCUAAUUUAAUGUUGUAUAGUCUGUACGUACGGGCUUGUUUGGCAGGCUUCUCUUUAUUCAAGGUCAAUUGUUUUCUGGACCCUCUCGUGCUUUGUGCAACAACUACUUAAGAAAUAAAGAGAAACCCAUUUCCCUCAA